AUGUCACAACUCAUCAUACCAAAAGAGGUCAGUCACUUUAAGUGAAAAGUUUGCGUUUAAUGAUUUGAUAAAGCUGAUUGAAUAUUUGUAAUUAUGUGGAAGUCUCGAAUGGAUCAACUGCCAUCCACUGACGGUUUUGGACCAUUGCGUAUUUGCCAUAUGUGUUACGGACAUACGCAUACGGUGUUAUUCACUUUCUUGGGUAUGUUUUCCUCCGAAGUAUGAGACCGAUCGUUUAACAACAAAUGCAUCUAGAACUCAGCUGCUCAGUCUCCUUGAAUGUGUGGUAAUUUAAGUCUGGUUAAUUUCAAUGAUGCUACUGCUAAUAACUGAGUUUGAUAACUAUAUUUUCAUAGAGAAGCUUAAGCUCUUCAGGAAAACAGACUUGAACGAUAGUAUAGUGCUAUUAUAGUGAUAUUAUAGUACUACUGGCCAAACAGCUAGCCAGACUGCCUACCGACGGACAAACGGAAGAGAAACACCAACAAUUUGGCACUCCCUACCGUGCAUAAACAAUGUGUCCGAGGUUACAGAACGCAUUGCGUCACAUUAAGGCGUGGGCAUUGCUCAUUAUCCGGUGGCUACCAUGCGUAGCAGGAUCAUGAAAAUGAAGGAUCGGCUGGACGCAGGUGAACAGUCGGACUUAGUCUACCAAAUCCCGUGCCAUAACUGUCCCUGCCACUACAAAGGCCAAACAGGACGACGUCUCAGCUCACGAAUACUUGAGCACAAACGUGGCGUUCGGAGAGGCGGCCCACUAUCUCGAGUCGGCACUCACACGCUGGAGGAAGGCCAUGCGUUCGACUUCCCCAACACGCGGAUAUUGGCGCGAGCCUGCAAGAAGACGGGGCGAGAACUGUUGGAGGCGUUGAUGUCGGACACCAACUCUAUCAACAGACGCAUUGAUUUGUCUGCGUGCUAUCACGCACUUCGCCCACGCAACGAGGCGGCGCACCACGUCACCACGCCGGGGGACCACUAUGGGCCGGGCAGCACAAACCAGACCUAGCCACGGACGUAGUCACCUGCCCCCCACCCGCCUUCACGGCACACCGAUAUAAGUGUUCACACGUUGCUGCACUUUAUCAGUCUCUGAUGAUGAACUCCAGUUUAAGUUCGAAAGCUAAGGCCAAUAGAUCUACUGUCCCAGUGAUCGUAGCUUCAUCUUAUUUUAGGCAUGAUCAUAUGGGAAAACACAUUUAAAAAAUGACGAUUGUUGGGAAAAGGAGUCAUCAGGUUUUUUCUUUGGACUUCAGAUCCUCUGGAACCCAAUAAUAUCCGCUAGGAUCAGUCGGUAUCUUUCGAGGAAGGACCGCUUAAAUUGCAAGAACUUAAUACCCACAUGGGAUCGACUGGCCACUCGAAUUCUUGCAUUAACCCCAGAGUCCUUGAGCAGGAAAACACAGUUAAUUACCCUACUUCAAGAUGCAACCCAGGGAGUCGAGAUCUUUACUCUGGACUUUGCUUCGCACCGAGGAAAAAACGUAAUCCAGUUUCUGUCUAUCCUUUCCGAGCCCGGCAGUACUGGACUCUUCAAUCUAACUACUUUGGACAUCAUGAAACAACCCAUCAGCAUUGAACAACUGAGGGAGCUCUUAGUUAACUACCCAAUGCCCCGAUUGCGCAUACUCUCCUUGUCUAUCGUUGUAUGGAAUGCCAGACCGAUUGUCACUGAGUGCCUGAAAUGCGAGCUAAGGCUGGAAGAAGUUGCUAUCCGAUUUUUUGGCGGCUUAUCGCCGAAAGAAAAAUUACUACUAAUGCAGAGUUUUGGCAACCUACGCAGCAUGUCUCUGGAUGACUCAUCUGACCGUCGGUACAGGUUACCCUGUCAGCGCAGGGACUGGGACCAUUCUCAGGUCUGGAUUCCACAGUGGACUUCUCUUCAGAUUCAUCACGACUCGGAACUGCUUGAUCUGUUUCUGGGUGAAGGAAAGAUUUCUACCGGACUCCCAGAGCUAACUCUACUGACAGAACCAGGUCACUUUUUCCCGAAGAGGUACAUUACCAAGGCCUCCGUUGUACCCAGAACUAUUAAAUAUCGUACGCUCAAAAAGCCCCAACUUCACAUCGCACAAUUUUGUAGAGCCUGCGUCCGUGCUUCGGACAAACGCGACAUGCCCCGUUUACAAUGCCCAUUAACUGACGCGAUUCUAGACGAUGAGGCACCACUGAACCUCGUUGCCUGCUCUGUCAUGUCUGUCGAGGACAACCGCGUCCUGCAUCCCCUCAAUCUCCAUGAUCUGUAUGUUCACAUAGGCCCUCCUCGAACGAGCUCAUCCGCCACUUUACCCAACGCCUCCACCUCCUCCACGAUCUCAACAAACAGAAGACAAGCUCCAGCAAGGGGUAUGGUGGAAGCGCUAAUUGAGCGUCGCUGCUCUGAGAUCCGACGUCUCUCCAUUCGGGUAUGCAAACCCACAAGCGAUGAGUGCAGGAGUAAGUACAUUCGGGAACUUCCGUUACUCGCAAAAGACUAUUUUCUCCCAAUAAUUGAGAAGUGUGGUUCAAAUCUUCAAUUUCUGGAAGUGUCAGCUGAGCUCAUUACGGCCUGUUGCUCCAAUGUGCUUACAACACGGAGGCUUCGUCGACUACAGGACAAGUGUCUGAAUGUUCGAAAGGCGACAGUGAUUGCCAGUGAUGACGUGGUGUUCGAGCAACAACUCCGUCCUUCCGCAAAGAAUAUUUCCACCUACUUGAAUCUCUUUCCGGCAUUGAAAACAGUGCGUAUCAUCGCCAUGGACAUCUUCCACGAUCGGACUAUUCAGGAGAUUUUGGCUAACUGCAGGCAUCUCCGGCGUCUUUACAUCUUCUCCCAGAAUAGUCCUACCUUUGAAUGCGCACCGUUACCAUCACAUGAUGCCCUUGAACUUCUCUUUCUGGAAUUAAAUGGGCUUUCUGGGGAGGAUCGUUGUGAGAAACUUUUGAAUGAAACACUUUCGACUCUUCACUCGCCCAAAUAUAUUCUACUUAAAAUUGAGCACGGCAAAUAUCCCCGCGUAAAAACCUUAAAAGCUUUUUUCGCCAACAGGGCUGAACUGCGAUGGUUGGUUGUAGUAUUCAAUAAAUACGGCAAGGUGAUUUUAUGCCACGCAGACGCGGACAGAAGGGGCAAUCCAGAGAUUUUUAAAGAUCCCACAUUUCAUCUGGGGACUCUGAUUUAUACUUAUCCGGAACUCUAUACUAUAUUUUGGAGUGAGUUUCAGAAGUUCUCUAACUGUGCCUUAUACUAAUACUAGUUUUGAUUUGAGCAAACCACGUGUGACCGACCCUUGGUUUUCUGCCUUGUACAUCUGGCGACAUCUUGCCUAGGCAUUGUUGUGUAGAACAAUAUUGUGUAAUGUUAAUUUUAUGAUGUAAUAAAGCGCAAAAGUGCAUACUUGGUGCCGAGGUUCUGUAACCUCGAGGAAAAGGAAAAUAGCCUGCGGUUUCGAUUUCAAUUACAAUUAUUACCUUGAGGAAUUGUUCUAAGUAAUUCAGUAAUUCAGUAAUCCAGUAGGUUAAGGGGACCCCUAGAGUUUAAAUAUGUUCCAUCUCAUCGAUAGUCGGCGAGGCCUAAUUAAAUUGAUAUCCGAGUCUUUUAGCCGCCGAGCAUGAUCACCACCAUCAGCGCUCGUGUCGUACCCGUUUACGCCGCCAACCUGUAUAAUCCCACCUGUCAUAUGAACGCUAGCAAAUGUGCAUGGGAAUGGUCGAACCUGACUGACCUGACUAAAAGUUGGAAUACUGACGCCCGACUUUGCCUUUGGCCCCCAUCAUUUAGGAAGUUGGCGUCCUGGCGAGGUCCAAUUCCUUAGUGUUACGGAUCUCAUCGGACAGAGCGUUAAACCAAAAAGUGUCAACGGAGCGCGUGCUUAAAUGUCUUGAUUAGGAACGCAACUGCCUGACGAUGUCAGAUUAGCCAGACUUCGUCAUUUCUGUUCUCCUAACCUUUGUCACGAAGCGUGUUCUUUUGCAUUUAUGGGCAGCCAACUGGACUGCACUGUUCACAUCCAGUCUUAAGGGUGCCGGCAUCCAUUAUGUUGAACAUGGAUUAUUUCUAUCGAAAUAAAAGGCCCCUCUUCAAAAAAGGUGGGUGCGCUUGGUGCGAUAGUUACUCGAUUGGGUGACAUUCGAGUCUUUAAUCGCCGCGAGGUCAUCGCCCGUGCUGGACGUUGGCGUAAUACUUGCUUGAUUGUUUGACUCGCGGACAAUAACGAGAAAUAGUGUUAGUCUGCGUGCUCCCGCGUGACUGCUUACUCUACCCUGAAUAUGGGACGGGGAAAUCAUUGAACCUGUUUAUACACUGGGGGCCAGGAAUCAUGACUCAAGCAGCUGACGACUCACGCGAUUGUCACUCCCCGUGAGAAAUUUGGCCUCAUUGAACUUGAAUUUGCGACCGGGUCUUGUCGAAUGGACCGAGACUUCAGAGUUGGCACUAUUCCUCCUCACUGCUGUCGCGUGUUUGGCGAUUCGUGUCCGGAGCAGUCUUCCGGUUUACGCAAAGUAGUUGCUUUGCCCGCAAUUGUAUCACAUUCGAUAAACGACUCCAGACGUUUCUUCCCGUGGCAUUGACUUUUUGCCCCAUUAUCUGGCACCUGGUAGUUGCCUCCGAUCUCUGUGCAACUACAAGUGGUGCGAGCAGGCGGCUGAUGGCCUCCGAGGAGUUUUUUUAUUUACAGAAGCGCUCUCCAAUAUUUGGGACCGGUGCGAUUUGGCCUCUAGAUUCAUUUGCAUGCGCACUGGCUGACGAAGUUGCGCGGGUAGCUAUUUGUUUCGAACACAGUCAUAGGCAUUUUUGUUCGUCAACCUUGUCUUCCGGUUCGUUGCAUUACGCCUUUAUACGCCAAUACAGCACCUUUUCGCAACUGUAUUUGUGGCUGACUGGGUGGUUGUUGCUGCUGAAGUUCUGUACUUGUGUGGUAUUUUUCACUUUCUUCGAUCACUUUGUUUUUAAGGCCAUCAAAAUCUUGGCAGCAGAUAAGGACAUGAAGGAAUGCGAGCUUGUUGUUUUUUCCCUCCGUCUUAAUCUAAACGUUUUAGAACACAACUUGCAGACGUUCUUUGAAUGUCAGCACCUGAAUGCGUUCGAUGACGACCAGCCCAGAGUUUCAGGCUGUUAUAUUGGAAGACCAGUGAUCCCAAACGUAAGCGGACCGCUUGGGCCACGAAUCUCGAAAUCGCCAAACCCGCUUGUGUGUUUUUCACCCGUUCGUAAACUGUUCCACGAAACCUGAUGCAGUCCUGAGUCAGAACUUCGGGAGGUAAAGGACUUCGGCGUGUCGGAGACGAUUCUCUAGAGGGUAUGUAGAAGUAUAAACUCUGGUUCCACUGAACUAGUGUGAAUGAAUGGCGUAUCUGAAGAGAUUUCUGUUCAUUGUUUACGUAUAGUGUGGUUUCUGAGUUAAUACUCCUGCAGUUAGUGGCUGAUAGUGCAAGGAAAUUUGCCCAAAGCUGCAGCUUUUUUGAAGAUUUAAAUUACUCGUUGCCAUCUGCGGGAUAUCGGCGGAAUGUUUACAUCUCCGGAUUUUGCAGUUUAGAAUACAGACCGAAGAACUGUAUAUCUUUCCUUAAAUGCACUAGCAUAACUGAGUGGAUGGUCAAUGAGUGAGGCACGACUUGGCUGUGUGAAAGGAAAUGAGAGGUAUUUGGGAACUGAUUACAUCGCGCAAACGAAAAGCCUCAGGAUAUAUCCGCAAACCUUCCUCUUUUGCCAAGAUAAACUUUCGAUAUUACAGCCAAGGAUGACUCAUAAAUUAGUAAUCCUCUAUUCAGCGAGUAUGUUACUGACAUCCAUAUGCAACGUGCACCGAUACUGAUAGGUGUCCCAAGUUCAUCAAAAAUGCAGAAUAACUCUGAAAUAAACCCCAGUUAACAAAUUUAAAAGUAGAAAAAACGAUCAAAUAGAUUUAUCGGGAAGAGAGAAAAUACGAUAGAUGUGCAGUUGCGGACAAAGGCAACUAAGUCGGAAAAACCAGUGAUCGCUCCGGACACGAGGAGCUGAACGCGCAGCGGCAGUAAGGAGGAAUGAGGCUAACUCUCAAGUAGCGGCUCAUUCGACAGAAUGUAUUGUAUUCUGUUUGACGAGGUCAACAUUCUCGCAGGAGGUGACAACCACGUGAGCCGUGAGUCGCUUGAGUCGUGGUUCUCCGGCUCUCAGCCAAUCUACAGGCCCAAUGACCUUCCUGUCCCCUAUUCUGUACCGAGUCUCUGCCUGGGCAGAGUCUUUAGUUAUGCGUAGGGGCGUGAGCUAUAGCCAAUUCCACUGACAGCGAGCAAAAUUGUCAGGUAAUUAUUACACCACAAAUCCACAAUGGGGAUUACAUUUUAGCAAUUAAGAACUCGGGUGCGGUUUAACAAGCCGUCGUUGUAUUACUUACGACCCCCAAGGAUGAACGCGGCAGUUGCCAGCUAUAGUCGACAUGUUAUUGAGUGUUAACCGCGACCUAUCAACACAGUACUCAUUAUGCCUCCAUUACCCUUACCUGCGACUCUCUCUGAUGAUGGGUUCGGGUGAGAAUCCGAAAAGUCAGACUGGUAAAUCUCUUGUGCCAGUGACCGCAUCCUCUUCCGAGCCGCUUCCUGGAACUCGUCUCUUCACCUCUGACGCUUGGUGCGGUAGUUAUUCGAUUGGGUGACAUUCGAGUCUUUAAUCGCCGCGAGGUCAUCGCCCGUGUUGGGCGUUGGCGUGAUACUUGCUUGAUUGUUUGUCUCACAGACAGGCACGAGAAAUGGUGUUAGUCUGCUUACUCCCCGCGUGACUACUUACUCUGCCCUGAAUAUGGGACGAGGAAAUCAUUGAACUUGUUUAUACACUGGAGGCCAGGAACCACGACCCAAGCAGCUGACGACUCACGCGAUUGUCCCUCCUCGUCAGAAGUUUGGCCUCAUCGAACUUGAAUGAACUGCGACUUCACAGUUGGCGCCAUUUCUCCUCACUGCUGUCGCGUGUACGGCGAUUCGUGUCCGGAGCAGUCUUCCAGUUUGUGCAAAGUGUUUGCUUUGCCCGCAAUUGUAUCACAUUCGAUAAACGACUCCAGGCGUUUCCUCCCGUGGCAAAGGGUUUUUAGCCCCACUGUCUGGCACCUGGUGGUUGCCUCCGAUUUAUGUGCAACUCCAAAUGGUGCGAGAAGGCGGCUGAUGGCCUCCGAGAAGUUCUUAAUUUACGGAAGCCUCCAGAAUCAUUUGCAUGCCCACUGGCUGACGAAGUUGCGCACGUCGCCAUUUGUUUUGAGCCCAGUCAAAGGUAUUGUAGUUCGACAACCUUGACUUCCGGUUUGUAGCAUUACGCCUUUAUACGCCAAUACAACAUCCUUACGCAACUGUAUUUGUGGCUGACUGGGUGGUUGUUGCUGUUGCUGCUGCUGAAGUUCAGUACUUUUGUGGUAUUUGUCGAUUUCCCGAUCACUUUGGUUUUAAGGUUAGCACAAUCUUUGCGACGGUUAUUCCGCUGUGGAUGAUGGACUUCGACCUAAGUUCUCGUAUCAGCCUACCUCUAUAAGUUCCAAAUAGAAUGAUUUACUCCAAAUUAAAUAUUAAUUUCUGAGAAUGGUAAAAAGCUGUGGAGUCUUACGUUAUCUACUUGGACUUCGGAAGACGGCAGUGAUUGCCGACGGUGGUCUGGUGGGACGACAUCUACCUCCAUCCACGAAGAAUAUAUCCACCUACUUGCUUCUCUUUCCCGCAAUGAAAGAAUUGUGUAUUAUCGCUAUAGACAGCUUCAGUGAACGGAAAAUUCAAGAGAUUCUGGUUAACUGCGGUCAUAUUCAACGACUUCAUAUUUCCUCCCAAAAACCCCUCCAUCUCGACUCUGCCGCAUUUCAACCACGUAAUGCCCCAGAGUUUCGUCUCCUCGAGUUAGAUGGUGUUUCGGUUGUUGACCGUUUUAAGACGCUUGCGAACAUUUACUCAUCCAGAUGCGUACUGCUUAGGGUUGAUAGUGGAAGAUAUCUUCACGAAAAUACACUGCAUGCAUUAUUCUCCAACAGGAAUGAGCUGCGGUAGUUGGUUGGGACGUUUAACAAAUAAUACAAGGUACUCUUGUGUUCUGCAGACGAGAACAUGAUGUAGAUCAAAGCCAGCAAUAUUUAAGGAUUCAAAAUUUAUUUGCUCCAAGUGUGAAAAAUGUGGAGGUUCCGGUGGGAUUGAAACCCACAAGAGCAAGGACAAAUCUUGACUACGGCCAACGUUAUAAUCACCUGAGCUACGAGGCCCCACCGGCAGCUAUGAGGUUAAUCGCAUUCGGGUCGAGUUACCCGCCCCGCCUACUGCAACAUAUGGAAUCCACCAAUUCUGGUAUAGCAGGCUGACUGCUCAAGCAGGAUUUCCUAAGCAAUCAGCUCAGAAUCCACCAGAUGACUAGCAGAUCAGGUUAAUUGUUUGGGAACUCCUACUUGGACAGUCAGCUUACUGUGUCCCCAUUGGCGGAUUUCAUAUAUCGCAGUUUUUUAUUCUAACCAAAUCUUCACAAUUACAUCCGACUUUUUACAACGUCGCAGAGGAGGGAAAUCAUCUUCGUCCGAGAUUUCAAUUAUUAUUGUUCAAUUGGCCAAAUAAUAAAAUAAUCUGUAGACUGAAACAACACCGGCAGACUAAAUAAGCUAUCUGUUAUUGGAUGUCGUAGAUGUCCGCCUCUUUUCGCUAGCCAAGCAUGGCAACCGUCUCCAGCAUGAAGUUGAUGCAGUUGAUCGCAUCCAACAGAGCAUGAUAUGGAAGUGUCAACUCCGAAGUGUCAACUAG